AAACCGCGAAAAUGCCGGCGCAAACGGACGAGAUCGAUUCAACGCGCAGAUUUAUCAAAACGCGGCUACUUCGCGAUCGUGCUUCGUUCCGGGGGUACGAGACGGAGCGGAAGCACAUUCACGAUCUUCUCGAACGCACGGCCAGCUGCGGAGAAUCGAACAGCGCGCUUCUACUUGGACGACGAGGAUCCGGCAAAACCACGCUGCUCACUUCCGUGCUGGCCGAGUUGCUGCGCACGGAAUGGUUUUACGAAAACACGCUGAUCGUGUACCUGAACGGGCUCAUACACACCGACGAUCGACAGGCGCUCAAAUCCAUCACGGCCCAGAUGAGGCUCGAGAACGUUGUCGAUGGAAAGGUGUUUGGUUCGUUCGCCGAGAAUCUGGCCUUUCUGCUGGAUUGUCUUAAGGCAGGAAACCGGGAAACCUCGAAAAGCGUCAUCUACCUGCUGGAGGAGUUCGAUCUGUUCUGUGCACACCACAACCAAACGCUGCUGUACAAUCUGUUCGACGUGGCUCAAUCCGCCCAGGCACCGAUCUGCGUAAUCGGUGUCACGGCGCGGAUGGAUGUGGUUGAGCUGCUGGAGAAGCGCGUCAAAUCUCGGUUCUCGCAUCGUCAGAUUUUUCUUCACCCCGCGGAGGACGCUUUCCAAGAACGGUUGCAGUUGUUCGAGGAACUGCUGAAAUUACCAACCGAAAAGGAUGUGGCCAAGUAUGAUGAAACACACCCACUGAUACCGACGGAGAUCAUCGAGGGGAACGAGGAACUGGUGCUACUGCGCAACUUGUUCAAUCCGCGCGAGUUUGACUUCUCCGCUAAUUGGGUUAAGCAGUGGAACCGCCAGAUUGCCGCGUUGGUCAAAAACCCCAGCGUUUCUAAUGUGCUACAGAACAUUUACGAUUAUGACGUAGUCGAGGGCUCAUUCCGUAUGCUGCUGGUGGAGCUGGUCAAUGAGCUGGAUGGUGAGCAUCCCGCAAUCACCUGCGAAAUGGUACAGCAGCUGGGUAAAGAGUACGAAUCGGACGAUAAGGUGGCCCUGCUGGGGGGUCUAACGGCACUAGAAAUUUGUCUGCUCAUCGCCAUGAAGCACCACUCGGAAAUAUACGAUCGGGAUCCGUUCAACUUCGAGAUGAUCCUAACGCGAUUCAACAAGUUCGCCAACUCUAGCUCCACGAUGCAAGGCAUAAAUCGGGGCGUUGCCCUGAAGGCGUACGAACAUCUGAAGGCACUCGAGCUGAUUGUUCCGGUACCGGGUAUCGCUGGAUCGUCGAAGGGACAGAAAGAGUUUCAGCUACACCGGUUACUGCUUAUGUUCGGACAGAUCACCCAGGCCGUCCAGCAUAUGGCAAAUCUGCCAACAGAGAUCGCUCAGUGGGCCCAAAGUUCCGUGGCUUGAAGGAUAUUGUGGGGUCUCUCUAUACCUUCCGGUACCAUACGUUUUCUAACUGCCAACCGUCGAUAUUUUCCCCGCCGUAAGAUUGUAUAAUGAUUAAUAUUUAAAUAGAAUAAUGCUUAACAAAAGUUUGUCGAAUGUGUUAAUUGAAA